AUGACUAUACCAACUUGGGCUAUAUAUACAUUUAUUACAUGUUUUGUUCUUUUAGCAUUUUUUUUGACGCUUGACUACCUUAUCAUAAGAAGGAAGAAAUAUCGUUCUCUUUUUCUUGGAAAUCGUAGAACACACAAAAGAACUAUAGAUGAAAAUGCUCAUAUACCUUAUCAUCAUAAACGUAGUACAAAUAUGGUUCUACAAAUGUAG